CAGUUCUCUGCUGUUUUAUUUUCAUGGUCAGAUCCGUGCGGGCUGUCCUGGCCCUGUCCCAAUGCGGGUUCAAAUAACGGUCCGUAUGUGAGAAGAAGCGCUUUGACUUGCAAGUCGGGUCAGAUCAUGCUGGGAGGGGCCGGCCGGACGGGUACCGGGACCGGACGCGCUGUGAAUGUGACGGGUUCGGACAGCACCGACAUCACCGGGCGGUGGAGGCUGAUUGCUGCUGUUUCCGAGGAGGAGAAGAGGAGGAGGUGUGAUUCUGCGGGGACUCUCCGCCUCCUUCUUCCCCGCGCAGGGAGCGCGCUGCGCGGCUUGGAGAGGCGUGACGCGCCCGAACCGCAUCUCCAGGAUGGCAGGUCCUCCUGAGGGGCCUUCGGCUCUUUGUAGCGGGACCGCACCGCCAGUCCUUUGAGGACGAUGGACGCUGUGACCUCGCCAGGCCCCAGCUCCAGCACCAGGACCAGGAUGGAGCCCAGAACCUUGGCCUGCAGACGAACACUCGGUGUGGUCCUGCUGGUGGUUGGCACGUUGGUUUCCAUGGUGACCUCAAGCUCACCUGCUGCAGUUGUGCUGGAAUUCAACAGAACGACUGAUUCUUCGUCACAUCCGUCAUCACCAUCAUCAUCCUCCACCUCUUCUAGACCCUCACCUCCCAGCCACCCCUCAGACUCUGGAUACCACAGUAACGGUGGUGGUGCAGGCUCAGCAGAGGACCCAGACUCUGGUGCUCAGGGGAUCCACCUCCUCCUGAGACCUCCAGACCUCCUGUCCCCCAGUCUACCUCCACCACUCCCCCCACAUAGCCAGCCCACCCUCACUCCUCCUCCCCCUGGGAACAGGGGCCCUCGCUGGAGGAGGCCUGGGGGUCUGGGGACUACCUGGAGACUCUGUCCUUCAUGGUACCUGAAGGUGACGAGAUGGCCCUCGCCACGCCACUGCCCAGCCACCCCUACGAUGGGGACAAUGGGGGGGACUGGGUCUCUUAUGACACCUCCUUUCCUGCUCGCCCCACCCUCUCACUGUCAUCCAAACUUCCCCUCUCCCCCUCCUCCUCAACCCCCAACAUCCCCCUUCACACUCAGCCUGCCCAUCCAGAUGUCUUCCCCACCUGGGAUGAGGACUAUGACUUGGAGGACAUGAUCCCACUGGAGCCGACGGAGCUGCUGCUGCCCGACAUGAACAGUCUGGAGUACUACACAAACCUGUUGGCUCGGGAGAGGGAGAGGGAGAAGGAGAGGGAGAGGGAGAGGGAGAAGGAGAGGGAAAAGGUAAACGAGACCGACUCCAAACCUGUCCUUACACCUACAGCAACACACACCCACCAUCCUCCUUCUACCCCAUCCUCGAGCCCCAUUGCUCCUCAAGGAUUGGAGCCUAAGCAUCCCCCAAGACAGCCCACACCUCCCCUCACCCUUACACCUAUCCUCACAGGUGAGGAGAAGACACCUGCUCCAUCAGCCACCCCCAAGAUUCCUUCCACCCCUACUCCUCUUGCUCCAAAACACAAAGACUAUGUCUCGGUCCCAAGCAGGCACCCUUCCCGACCCCCAUCAAACACCACCAGCUGGGUGCCUCCCCCUCCACCGCUGGACCCCCACCCGCCCUGAGAGACCAGAGAGGCCCACAGUGGUCACUGAGAUGCCAGCAAAGGCUCCUCCCACCAAGGCUGCAACCACUACUAAGGCUACCACGACAACAACCACCGCCAUCAUCACCACCACCCAAAUCACAGCCAUCAGCCUGACCAGAGCCCCUCCAGUCACCACACCCAGAGUGGCCCAGACCCCACCCACCAGACAAUACCUGUGCAAUGUCACCAAGCCAGAAAUGUACCUGGUCAGAGUAGUCAGCUCCAAAGGCUCGUCUGCUGGUUUCAGUCAGGUCCGAGAUCUUCUGAAAAGAGACUUCAACCGCUCAGUGGAGCUGCAGUUCCUGAGAACUCCAUCCAGUUUUGCCUUUCGCGUUGUGUCAGGACCGCUGAUCUUCACUGCCAUGUCCGUCAUCAAUGCCCUCCGCCGACCGCCGCCACGCUUCGGCCCCAUUCCCACAGUUUCACCACUGUACACCAUACCUGACCUCAGGUAUCAGAUCCACUCUGUGCUGCAGUUUGUUCCCACUCAUGUUGACAUUCGAGUCUGCAACUUCAGUGAACGGGUGGAGAGAGGGCUCACGAUGGCGUACGCAGAGACACGGAAGAGAUUACAGGAGGGAGGGAACGCCACCGUACAGUUGCUGAACAUCACCAUGAGCGUGGCCCGUCCAGCAGUGGAACAGAAGGUUCCUGUCGACAUCACGUUUGCGGUGCGGGAUGGCCGGGGCUACCUGCCGGGGUCAGAGGUCAGUGAACACCUGAGGAAGCUCAGCCUGGUGGAGUUCAGCUUCUACGUGGGAUUUCCUGCGCUGCAGAUCGCUGAACCCUUCCACUACCCUGAGCUCAACACUUCACACCACCUACGCUCCACCUGGGUCUGUACAGUCCUGCUGGGAGUUCAGGAGCAGCUGGUGGCCGAGAGAAGCUUUAAGGCUCGUCUGGAGAGACGUCUGGCUCUGCUGUUGGAGGAGGGACUGCAGGAAACCAGCAGGAGGCGCUGGAAGAGAGCCACAGCAGUGGGCAACAACAGUCUACAGGUGGUGCGGGUGUCCAGGCUGUCAGGGGCAGAGCGCCCUCUGGAGGUCUUUUAUUUUGUGGAGGGUCCCGGUGGAGAGAGGGUCCCUGCUGAGGUGACUGCCGCCACUCUGAACCGUGUGGACCUUCAAAGGGCCGCCAUCGUCCUGGGACACCGUGUGCAGAGACCGCUGGCCCAACCUGUGGAGACGCUCUCUGUCCCUCCAGCUGAGACUCAGAGCAGCAGCAUCUGGCUGAUUGUCGGUGUUGUUGUCCCGGUCGUACUGGCCGUCUUCAUCAUCAUCAUCCUGUACUGGAAGCUCUGCGGUUCCGAGAAGCUUGAGUUCCAGCCAGAUGCCAUUAACACCAUCCAGCAGAGGCAAAAGCUUCAGGCUCCCAGCGUUAAAGGCUUCGACUUUGCAAAGCUUCACCUGGGUCAGCACAGUAAGGAUGACAUCAUGGUGAUCCAGGAGUCCGGCCCACUUCCCGCACCAGUAAAGGAAGCCACACCUUCUGAUGGCGGAGACCUCAACACCCCCAAAUCCAAAGGAUCAUCCACCAAGGCGUCACGGCCGAGCCGCCGCAGGGGGAGGCUCAGCCCAUCAGAUGGCGACUCGUUAGGAAGCGACCAAUCGAGCGGCAGGGAGUCAGCAGAAGAAAGCACCCGACCUGUGGCCACACCCAGUGAGGGGAAACAGCACAGGAAGACACCCAAAAAUGGGAGGAGCAAAAUGGGUGCUCCAUCAGGCAGCGGCCCGGACGAACUUCUGUCCUCGUCCUCCAUCUUUGACCAUGUGGACCGCCUGUCCCGCGGGUCAUCUGACGGCACCCGUCGUCAGGCCAACAAGGUGCAGCUCAUCGCCAUGCAACCACGUCCGAGCCCGCCGCAGCCACACGCCCCAUCACAGCCAAGCCCUUCCCUCACUGAAAAGGUCAACACAGAGGUGGCACUGCGGCACAAGUCAGAGAUCGAGCAUCACCGGAACAAACUGCGACAGCGUGCUAAGAGGCGGGGCCAGUGUGAGUUUCCCUCCAUGGAUGACAUCAUGGACGCAUUUGGAGAUGGUCCGGUUCAGAGUGAGGUGGCACAGCGACUGUACAGCUCUGCCCACGACCACAUGGACUGCAUCCUGCAGGCCGAUGCUGCCUCACCCCCAACUCCCACCGACUCCAGGAAAAGAGGGAGGCGCUCUCCUAGGAGUCGGCGGGCUCAGCCAGGACCUGGAAGUCUUCCUGACACAGACAGAGACCGGCUGCUCACCGAUCAGAGCGCCACCUACAGGAAAUACCCCGGACUCAACAACGUGGCCUACAUGGUGAGGCAAACAAAAUUUAACCAUCAAAUAAGCAAGUCGGACCCCGACCUGCCCCCGGACCACGGCAGCCCCUCCCCCACUGACGAGGUCUUUGACCCUGCCCCGGCCCCGCCCCCCUACAUGCCCCCCCAGCCCUCCAUUGAAGAGGCCCGACAGCAGAUGCACUCUCUUCUGGAUGACGCCUUCGCCUUGGUGUCGCCGUCCUCGCAGGGCAGCGCCGGGGUAAGCUCUGCCCUGCCCAGCCCCUCCCCUCAGAGCUGGCCCCCAAACCAGCAGUGGGGCUCUUACCCAGCAGCCCCCCCUCACAGCCCCUUCUCUGCAAGAUAUGCAGAGCUGGGGAUGUCCCCCACCUCAGUCCAGGGCCUGCUGCAGAGGCAGGGGCUGAGCUCAGGAGGGUAUGUGUCUACUGGAGAUCAGCUGCAGGAGUCCAUUUACUCCAACAGGGGGCAGUAUGAGGACCCACCCUCCUCCUCUAGACCUCGACCUGUAGGAGGGAGCACAGGUGCACAGCUCCAUCACUUGACCCAGGUGGGUCUGUCCAGUCAGAUUGGCGCAUACCCUGGGGUGGGUCGCAGCAUGUCGGGCCCCACUGGCUCCAGCUGGAAUCAGCAGCACUCAGACCAGGAUCUUUCCAGGCCGGGAGCCAGCAGAGAGAGCGUGAUGUCCUUUCCUGAGUUCUCCUCUUCCUCUGUUUUCCAGAUGCCUAGCUCCUCAUUGCGGGACCCGUCAGCUCCACCUCUCCUCCUGACCUCACCAACUCCAGAGUAUCCGCCUGAGGACGCAUCACCAUCCGCCCACACCUCCGCCUCUCUUAUAAAGGCCAUCAGGGAGGAGCUGCGACGUCUCGCCCAGAAACAGGCGGCAGUGACCAGCUACCCGUAAACUGGUUUGGACCUCUUUGGAUCAGGACUCACGUGGUUUUCAAAGUUUUAAACCACAUAGAGCCUGAAAGGUCUGAGGGAAAGCAUGAAACGAACCAAUUUACACUCUGGGCUCUGUUGAGCUAGCGUACGUCUGUGCCGGUAAACCCAAAACAAGUCUGGACUACAAUCCAUGUCUGAAAACUUGGACGUGUCUCCUGGAGACCUCUGGUACUUUACAGGGUCCUGAACUGUCUUCUCCGUCACUCUCAGCUCUGUUUCAUUAAACAUGAGUUUGACUCGUAUUUUCCACUGAAGUGCUUCCUGAAGAGCAUCAUUAAUGAUCAUCCUUCCUGAACCUCUUGAUUCAGUCGUUACUUUUUAAACAUCUGGAGCAGCAAUUCAUUCCUGAACUUGUGGAGUAGAUGGUCCUUGAUGGUCUUCAACCUGAUUGGCCUCUUGGUCUUCUGGAGUUUAGUCAUUGGAGAGUUCAUUCUGGCCUCCUGGAGUUCUUAAGGGUUUUGAGGGGUUUGGUCCAGCCUGAUAUUGGGGGACAGUUGGACCAGCUGCUUUUACUAAACCCAGUUCUAACUGCAAGAUCAGUAUUUGAGACCAGUCGAGAGUGAACUUCAUGUUGACUGCACCAGCCAGCCUUAACUACACCCGGUGGUAGCAAGCUCGUUUACUCGAACAUGCACAUGAAGAUGGGUGUUGCGUAACAGCAAGCAUUCUUGCUAACUGUUUACUUUCGGUGUUUUAGUGGUUAACACAUUUGCUUGGGAAACAAAAGGUCACUGGUUUAAUUCUAGUUGCUUGAGGAAGGGCCUUCAGUGUAAACCUCUACCACAUCAAACUUGUACAGCUGUUGUGGUAAGAGAGCAGCUAAAAAUAGCUUUUUUAAUUUAGAUGAAAGCAAUUUUUUUUUUUAAAAUUACUACAAAUAAGAAAAUUGAAACAUCAUUAGUUAUCUCAAGGACACACUGAUCGCCAAGCGGUCUAACGUGAUAGAACUUGAGAAGCAUGGCAUUAGGACCUAAAUAAGUCAUUUUUUUUGACCAGGGCGUAGACAGAAGACCUCCUGGGUAAAACAAGGACGCAAGUUUCUGUGAAAGCAAUCUGCCAAACCAGUAGACUGAGAGUCCUCCAUUAAGCACACAGGUAUAUGGUCAUGUAAUUGUUGAUGCUCAUGAAGCAUAAGUGUGAAAAAGUGCAGCACCACUAAAUGCUCGGUCAUGAACCAACUCAAACUUAAAGGCUCUCCAGUCAGUUCAAACAGAUCAAGAGAGUCAACUCCUCAUCGUUGUAUCUGCAGCAGUCUGUCUAGCUUGCUUGUUGUAAAAUUAAUAUAUUGCUCAUAGAAAGAAAUGCACAGUGGCUCCGUGCCUCAGAGUGUCCUGGUUUAGAGCUUGGGUCGGACCUGCUAUCCAGGCUUUUCUAGGUGUUGAUGAAUGUACUACGUCAGGUAGCUUAUCUUGUUUGAAGUCGGUCUGCUAAAAGAGUGUAUUGUUCUCAACAAUUUCAUUUUCUGGUUUGAAGAACUGGCCAAGAUUAGCAAGAAGACUUAAGGCUGGAUGGUGCAACUACCAAUACUUCUCAGGCCUGACUUAGAUCAUCAAGUUAUGAAUACCUUCUUAAGUUAGUGCAACCAACCUUUGGAAAAGAACUUCCUGUCUAGGCUUUCAGAACUUAAUGGUCGUUCCUGGAGAUCUAGAGUGAAUGGACCUUCAGGGAAUCUGUCUGUUGGAACCUCUGCGAAGUGCUGUCCUUAAUGGCCUUCUGGUGGUUCAUCCUAUUGGAGUAGAUGGUUAUUCUUGACCUUUUGAGUGGAUAUUUCCAUCCGGACCAUUUCCUCCUAAAGUUCUGAAGUGGAUUGGUUCUCUGGACCUUCUGUGGUGCUAACUGUCAGCCUCAUACCAUCUUGUCAUUAACCACUAAUUGCCUUCCACACUCCCAUCAGCCACGGUGGUCAGGUGUCCGUUCAUAAACCAUAUCAAUGAGGUCUUUGCACUGUCGACAGCUGGUGGUGCCGCACAGUUCCUGCUGCACGGGAACGCAAAACAAGAAAAAUAAUAUUUAUAGCUAUCUAUAAGAAUGAAUAAAAUAUAUGUAAAGAGAUAGAAUCCCAAUGAGCACAAUAUUAAUGUAAGAGUUAUUACUGGAGUAUUGAGAUGUUACUUAUUUUUUAUUGCUUAUAUAUGAAAGUAUACUUUAAAUCUUUUAUUUUGAUCAAAAAAAGACCAAACUACUGUUCUAUGGUUGUAAUCCUCUUGUGUUUGAGCUCGCUGUAGAUUUUGAGCUAGCAUUUGUUUCUCUGUGGAAACGUUGCUUAGCGUAGCCGCUCGCUCGCGUGUUCAUGUAUCGGUGGCAAUGAAAAAAAAUUCAGCUAAUGCAUUGCUUUGGUAUCGAGCUUUUUGUCGCUGAUUUGUUGCAUCCAUCAGUCUGUGAGCAGAGCGCUGUAGACAAGUGGGUAAAAAGUGUUCGUCAGAGAGGGGAACUAGUCGUUCAUCACCGCCGCAAGGUGGUUCUUCCUCAGAGGAGAGCUGCUUCUUAAACUCACUGAGAGAUGUCUCAUUAGAGCUGCCUGAUGAUCCUGAUGAAGGGAAAAGCAAAUAGUGACAAGGUUUAUAUUUCCAGGACGCCAGGCUGAUCCUUUGUCUCGCAUGUAGAACACGACAGGAAGUGCUCACUUCAGCUGUACUCUUCAGUGAUACUCUGAGUACACUGUGUGGUUCAGGUGAGGGAUCUGCCCAGGUACAUCGUCCACAUGAUGACUCCCUAGCUGUAAAUUUCUCAUUCUGUUAGCUUCAUUGUUCUCACAUUAACUACAGACUUCAUGCCAGGACAUUGCAGGUAAAAGUGUUAAUGUUUAACCUGCAGCUCUGUUGGGCAAUUUAGAGCAUAAAUAACUUUUCUUUGUUCCAGCCUGUGGCUGAAUCCUCACACUCACCUGAAAGGUUCUCACCGUUUCAUCAGGGGAGGAAGAUAAGGUUUGUCAUUACUGACCUUUUAUAUUAUUGAUUAUUUCUGUUUUUAUUAUUGACCUUGUCCAGUAAGUGAAGUCUGCAGAACCUUCUGGAAGUUUGUAGAAGACCGCUUUGCAGACAUGAUUGUAGAUCCAGAGAAAUGUCUCCCCAUGUGGACCUCCUGACAUUGUCUCUGCAUCUUGGUGAGUCUACUGAGUAAAGACCUUGUGUUUCAACCUUUAGUUUCAUGUCCUGGCUGCAUAGCUGAGCGGCUGGUUCCUCUCUUUGCUGAUUGGCUGUCCUCUCUGUGGUGUGUUGGUGGUCGGUCACUCAUGGUGAAGGUUUGUUUGCGUCUGCUCCCUGCUCUUCUUCAGCAUGUUCAACUAAGUUUGAGGCUUUAGCUAUUUGUGGUGUUGCAGUUAAUGUUUAGCAUGCUGCCAAAAGAUGUUAAAAAGUGAAGAAUCGUUCCACAUCCAGUUAAGAGUGAGCAAAGAGUGAUUCAUGUCACAGUGCCAUGAAAGCACCGUUCAUCCAAGCACAGCCGGAAAAAACACACCAUGAGAACCAUCAUGUUUUUGUUUUUUAGGAGAUUUUUGAGUCUGAAUGAAGAUGCUUAUGGAUGGAGUGGAUAUGAUGUUGAAUAGAAACCUAUUAUAUAUGGAAAAGAUUUUAUCUGUGAUUGUUCUGCUGAACAGACUCAAAGACACAACACAUUCGUCAUGGACCAGAAACCAACCGCAGAACUCUUUACCUGCUAGAGACGAUCUGAUUGGACCUAGCACCUGUCAGUCACACUGUAGGACUCAGCAAUGCCUACAGGAUCAAAUGGUGCUAAUUCAACGACUCGAGGUGUCUGAAACGAUCAGAUCACCCAAAAAAAUGGAAAAUAAUCCUGCAGGUGUCCGCAUAGCAAAGAAAAGUCUGACUUCUCAGCAAACUCUUCAUAAACUUCUCCUGAAUGUUUCUGUUUUCCAGAGACUCUGUUUUCUAGACCUGUGAUCCUCAGUAAGAGUCCAGCAGAUGAGCAGACGCUCGGAGGAUGAUUUUUCAUGACAAAACUACUGAUCAGCACUCUGAGACCUGCUGAAGUUUGCAGGGAUCACGGUUGUUCCCCUCCCUGCAGGCCGAGCCGGUCCAGUUGCUGUCGUGGACAAAAAAUAUGAAACUGUGGAGGUAUUGUACAGACGACACAGGAGCUGUAACUUUCCAUUCCGACUUUAUUUAUCUCCACACAACAACUGAACACAUUGCGCCAAAAACCAGCAGAACCCCUCCUCCCGACCUGGGUGUGAGCAGAGCCCCCUGGUGGGCCACCACAAAACUGCAAAAACUGCUGCAGAGCAGAUCAGCAGCUGCAGGUGAACUUUGUUCUGUUGUUUUUGAACAGAGUUUAAGGGAUCUGAUCAUUAUUUGUUUCAAAAUUUUAAACCGAUUCUAUAUUUUAGCUGCUAUUGAAGCUUUCCCUGUUAUCGCUAACUGCCCGCUAAAAUAAGAGCUUGGAAAAGCUUUCCCCUGCCAAAAUCAGUAGCUGUAUCUGCACCAGCAAUUGAAACUGUUUUCAGGUGUUGACCUUUGACCUGCAGAGAACUUUUCUUUCGCCUGGGUUUCAGAUCUCCCCUCUGUCAGUAGUUUUGUCAUGAAUGAACUUCUGUACGGCUGCUUCGAGUCGAACCACAUUCCUGUUGUUCCUCUUCAGGCUCUGUUUCCACGGACCGCCUCGCCAAUGUACACACUUACACCAGGUGAGAGCAGGCACCAGGUGUGGUUCAGGUAACUUGGUGAUGCUGCUUCAUGGAAACAGAGCCUGGGGGAGUUCUUUUAAUGUCGAGUCAGUGAGCUGGGAACACUGCCAGCAGCCUCACCUGUUCCACAGCGGCCAGGUGAGCGUGCCGCUAACCUGUGCGGGUCACAUUGAUGGGAUCUGUUCUACCCUGCCUCUGUGUGAGCUGCACCCUGUGGUGUUUCAAGUCUGACAGACUGUGUUCAAAACAUUAAAGAGACGUGUUCA